AUGAGUUGGUUAGUUACGGUUGGGCCGGCAUUAGCCGUCACUUUGAUCGCUGUUUUGGUGACGAAAGUCGGUUGGCGUUGGUUUUACAUCGCAGCGGUAACAUCGAAGCGUGAUUUAACCGCACUCUGGGCCUACCUUAAACUGCUGCGUCUUACGAAGAAAUACGAACGUGAAAAUCUCACCAUUGCGGAUGUGUUCCAAAUGCAGGUGAAACAGAAUCCCAACAAGCAUGCGAUCAUCAGCGAUACGCAGCAGUGGACCUUUCGUCAGUUGGAGGAAUUUUCAAAUCGCGUAGCGAACUUUUACCACGCGCAAGGUUUUCGCAAAGGCGAUGUUAUCGGCUUGUUACUGGAGAAUCGCGCCGAAUUCGUGGGCAUUUGGUUGGGUCUAUCGAAAAUCGGCGUUAUUACGCCACUCAUCAAUACCAAUCAACGCGGUCCCUCGCUAUUGCACAGCAUCACAGUGGCGCAUUGCAAAUCGCUGAUAUUCGGUGAGGGUUUCACUGACGCCGUGCAGGAUAUACGCAAAGAUAUACCCGCCGAUGUAUCGUUGUAUCAGUUCAACGAUGAAGCCAAUAAGAGUGUGCUUGAAACGGCUAAGGAUAUGACAACAUUGCUGGAGACCGUUGAGAAACGUAAAGUCGCGGCGACGGCAGAGCGCGCCAACCAUCAUGAUCGUUUGGUUUACAUCUAUACAUCGGGUACGACAGGCUUACCGAAGGCGGCGGUGAUCUCGCAUGCGCGCUACCUCUUCAUUGCGGCCGGCAUUAACUACACCAUGGGCUUUCGUCAGGAUGACAUCUUCUAUACGCCGCUGCCGCUCUAUCAUACCGCCGGCGGCAUUAUGAGCAUGGGUCAGUCGGUGUUAUUUGGCUCCACCGUCGCCAUACGCAAGAAGUUCUCGGCCUCUGGCUACUUUGCGGACUGUGUUAAAUUUCAAGCUACCGUCGGUCAGUAUAUUGGCGAAAUGGCGCGUUAUAUACUGGCUACACCGCCCUCACCCAACGAUCGUGCACACAAGGUACGUCUCAUUUUCGGCAAUGGCUUGCGCCCGCAAAUUUGGCCGCAAUUCGUUGAACGCUUCAAUAUAACCAAAGUGGGUGAGUUCUAUGGCGCCACCGAGGGCAAUGCAAAUAUCAUGAAUAAUGACAGCACCGUGGGCGCUAUUGGUUUUGUCUCGCGCAUAUUGCCACAGGUGUAUCCGAUAUCGAUUUUGCGCGCCGACGCCGACACUGGCGAGCCCAUACGCGGCGCAGAUGGUCUAUGUCAGCUGUGUGAACCAAACGAACCGGGCGUAUUUAUUGGUAAAAUUGUUAAGGGCAACUCGGCGCGUGAAUUUCUCGGUUAUGUGGAUGAGAAGGCGUCGGCGAAGAAAAUUGUACGUGACGUUUUUCGUAAGGGAGAUAUGGCUUUCCUGUCGGGUGAUCUACUGGUGGCAGAUGAACGUGGUUAUUUGUUCUUCAAGGAUCGCACGGGUGACACGUUCCGUUGGAAGGGUGAAAAUGUAUCGACUAGCGAGGUGGAGGCGCAGGUCAGCAAUGUGGCGGGCUAUAAGGAUACCGUUGUUUACGGUGUGACCAUACCACAUACCGAAGGACGCGCUGGCAUGGCGGCUAUUUAUGAUCCUAAUAAUGAGGUGGAUUUGGUGGUGUUUGCGGAUAAAUUAGCGAAAGUCUUGCCAGCCUAUGCGCGUCCGCAAUUCUUGCGUUUCCUUACUAAAAUCGACAUGACCGGUACAUUUAAGUUGCGUAAAGUGGAUUUGCAGAAGGAGGGCUUCGAUCCGACUCAGAUAAAGGAUACUCUCUACUAUCAAACGCCGAAGGGUCGCUACGAGCUGCUCACACCGGAGAUAUAUGAAAAGAUAAACCGUCAUGAAGUGCGUUUUUAAAUGAAAGGGGGAUGAGGAAGAGACACACAGAGAGAGAGAGAGAGAGAGAGAGGGCUAUGCUAUGUUCCGUGUUGAGGUUAUGUUUGCCUGUUUUUAGAGUCUAAGUUUUUUUUUUUUUUUUUUGUUUCAAUAAAAAGACAUUGUUGCAUUAGUUUUUAGUACACACUUUGUUCGCGCAAAGUUUGCCAACUAAAGUUAAAUUUAUAAAUUUUCAAAAUAUUUUAUACUUAAACGUACUGCAUACAUACCUUGCAAAGAGUUAACUGUUAUCUUGCUGUUUAGUAAUAGUUGCUAGCAUAAUAUCGUUAUCGUAGUUUAACACUUUGUAUAUAUAUAAAAAUUGUUUGCACUAGUUUCGACAAGACUCCUAUCGAUUAAGCGAUAACUGCUCGAGAGGAAGUCGCUAAAACUUAGAUUCACAAGGACUUGAGGACUUGAGCAGUUUUCGCUUUAGUUGAAUUCAUCUAAAAAUCAAACAUUUUCAAGACAGUCGAGGUUUACGCACCUAAAGCUGUUGAAGACUAUACAUGAAUACAUACAUACACGUAUAUAACUACUUUUACUAUGCACAAACCGAUUUGGUAAAUAAAAUGAGAUUUAUAUUUUAAUAA